GUACCAUAUGACUGAAACCCCAUAUAUCCUACUGUACACAUUUGUGGUUCUGGGAAUGGAACUUUUUUUCCCAGAACAAAAUGCAUGUUUUGCGCCACGAGAGAUGGAGAACAAAAAACAUGAUUAACAUCAUCUAAUUGCAUUUAAGUUGAUUAUAAUUUUUUUAUGUGGUAAAUGUAAAUCAAUCUUCAUUUGUACACUUUCUCAUUUAGCAUCCUGCAGUAGUAGUUUUCUUUACACUGGUGGGGUUACUUUUUAGCCAUUACUUUACCAAGUUCCCCUUUAAUUUCAGUGACUAUCAAUUUGCUUUUUCAUUUUUUUUUUUAAACUUUUAUUUCAUCUGUUCUGGGAUCCUCAUUAACUACUGCUCUGUUUUCCCACUUCUGUUUCUCUCUGUUUCCCUCACUGCACUCACACACACACACACACACACACAGAACGGGUUAGCAAAUUUCUCAUUUUUCCAGCUGAUGAGUGAGGAAAUUGGAAAAGGGGUGCUAGAUAGUACUACUAAACUUUAGUUCUUUUACAUUGGUCCCUGUUUACACUCCCAAAAACAUCAUCAUUACUGCGCAUCUUCCCAUAUUCAUCACCAAUCUACCAAAGUCACUAAAACACCCAAUAGUGCCACCAUCUUUUUUUUUUUUUUUUCUCCACCUAUAAAACACCAACAGUGAGUGUGAAUUCUUUAAAUUCUACAACUCAUUCAGAUCACCUUUGAAACUCAAGGGCUAGUCUUGAUUUGUGAUGUUAUGGCGGCAGACACAGAAUCUGCCAUGACAGAGACUAAGAAGGUCAUCAACCCAAGAGUUGAAAUCGAUACUUCGCCACCCUUUGAGUCGGUUAAGGAGGCCGUUGACCGUUUUGGUGGUGGUGGUCCUUGGAUUCCCCAGCACUUGCUUCCUCUGGCUACUCACCAGAAUGGGACUGAACAUCUAGUUGACAUGGAUAAAGUGGAGGAGCAAGCUGCUCAACUAGAGAAGGAUCUCAUGAUGAAAGAGCAGGAAACGCUUAAUGUCUUGAAGGAACUGGAAGCCGCAAAAAGGUUUGUUGAAGGCAUUAAGUUGAAUUUCAUUCAAGAAGUGUCUGCUUUAAUGGGAAGUCCUGAUCUGAAGCCACAAGGCCAGAAUUCAACAGAGCAGAAUUUGAGCAUGUGCCCUGCUGUGUCACCUGGUUUAAUUUCCAUGGAGUUGAACCAAGCUAAAAUGAGCCUCAACCAAACGACCACAAAUCUUGCAGUAAUUCGAGCUUCCGUUGAGUCAUUAAAUCACAAAAUGAGGGUUGAAACCCCUUCGGUUGAAAAGGGGAAUGGCGUAAAUGUCAAUAACUCUGCGAAACUAAUGCCUGCAAAUGAGGAUUUUGCGAAAUGCAGAGCGCUGCCCGAUGAAGAUCACCAAAAUUUUCGAAUUGUGAAGAACUCUGAUAGGUCGAUGGAUAUACUGAAGGAUGUUAAAGAAGUCAAUUUUGAGGCUGAGCAGUUCAAGAAAAUGACAGAGGCUUCUAGAUACGAGGUAAUGAAGGCAAUGUCAGAGAUAGAACGAACAAAGAAUAGUAUCAAAAUGGCUGAAAUGAGGCUAACUGCAGCCAGAAAGAUGGAAGAAGCAGCUAAGGCCGUGGAAGCUAUCGCUCUAGCUGAAAGAAGUGCCAUGUUAGAAUUCAACAACGCCCCAGAUGCGGUGUUUUUCAAUAAAUCAGGUGGAAUAACUCUAUCUAUUGAAGAAUACAACUCGCUUACUCACAAGGCUCAGCAAGCUGAAGAGCUUUGUAAGACUAAGUUUAUCGACUCAAACGCAUACUGUCGCAUUGAUGAAACAAAUCAACCAGAAGUGACCAUUGUCAAGAAGUUGGAGUCAACGACUAAAGAAACAAGAAGAAGCAAAAAAUCCCUGGAAGAGGCUAUGGUCAAUGAAGAUGAUUACGAUCGAAGAUAUGGUUUCAACCAAAACUGUGUUGGGCAAAAUGCUGAUGAAGAUGACCAAAUGGGGUACUAUACAGGGAACAAUUCUGCUAAAUUCAGGUUCAGGAAUUCCCAUUCAUCGGCCACCCAUAGAGGGUCUGAGCCAAUUGAUGAAAAUGAUCCAGAUGAAGCGAAAGAUAAAGUGUACAGGUCAACCAUUUCCAUCGGAGAUAUACUUAGCAGGAAACUCAUUCUACAAGAUGACAUUGUUGUGGGAAAGCAUGUGGAUAGCCAUGGUGAAAGAAGAGAAGUUUCGUUGAGCCAAAUGCUCAGGGAACAAAGUGGUCACAUAUUACAUCCGACAAGAUCUGCAAAAGAAACCAAUUUGGACAAGCAAUUCUACACUCAGAGGAAGAAGUUUGGAUUUAUUCAUGUUACAAUUCCCAGGCAUAGCAAGAAAAAGGCUCAGUUUUUAUAAGUUUUUGAGUAACCCGGCCAAUUUCAUUUUGUGUGUGUUAGGCUUUGCUUAUGUGUGUUUUUUACUUGGUUUGAGACUGUCUUUCAAGAAUCAAUUACAAUAACAGUGACGAUUGUGUGUGUAUGAUUCUACUCAUGAAAAUCAAAAUACGAUGUAAUGAAUUUCUGAUCAUAAGAAAACAAAUGUGAAGCACAAGAAGAAUGAACUGAACUUAGUUAUAUCCAGAAGAUAAUCUCAACAGAAACAGAAAACACCACCAGUUAGAAGGUUCCAAAAUGGGGGGUGCUUUGAAAGCAAAAAGAAAAACAAAACAAAACCCGAGCUAUAGAAUGUAAAGUUUGCGGCGUCCUGGAUUACAAAUGGCCUAUUCCUCUAUGAUCACCAGCUGUGCACUGGCAGGUACCUUCAGUAGUUCCAAUACUUGUUUUUGAGUUUGAGUAAUAUCAUCUCAAUUAUCUAGCUUAGGUUUAAACUUGAUACUUAAUUUCUCCGAACACUUGAAUAUAUGAACUAGGUCCACCGCAAACUCAAUUUGGUUCCUCUGAUCACCAUCCAUGUCCAUCAAUUCCAGCUCUUUCAGAUGCUUAUGAGUAUAUCGACUUAGCCAUACUUGAAUUGCUUUAGAUAAAAGUUUUGUGGGUACUAAAACACAAAGUGAGUAAGUUGAAAUUAAUUAAAGACCUAAUUGUCACGUUCAGGACGCAUACAGAACAAAUAUAGCGUAAAUGAUCUUAAAGAUAAUACUAUCAUCAACAUCAAACUAAAUGCUUAAAAAAUAUGCACUAGAAGGUAAGAAAAGUGUGUUACCUGGACAAACAAGGUAGACAGAAAAGGUAAUGCCCUAAUGCAUAACACAAAGGCGGUGAGCCAGGGGAGGUGAUGUCCACAAAUUAUGAUAACAAUGAUCAAUUCAAGUCGCUUAAGAUGUCGCCCCAAUUGACGGAGUCGACGAAAACAGCGUUCAAAACUCGAACUCGUCGCAAUACAGCACUGCAAAUUCAGGGCUAGUGUCUGCAGUUGAUACAAAUGGGCUUGAUGCUUGUUUUUACUUUUUAGCAGUGCAAAAAGAAUUGAAAUAUGAAUAGUCUAUGGUAAUCUCUGAGAGAAGAGGGACAUUCUGAAAGCCAAAGUGUGGAGACCAAUACAGAUUAGUGGGUAUUCUCUUAAACUCGAAGCACAAAAGAUUUGGGGCAGAAAUAUUCAGGGUUAUCAAAUCCCAACACUACCGAAUGCUCAAAGACUUGAGGGAUUCACUGGCCACAGUCAAUUGAGUUAAACCAACUCCACCUUGAAGAGAUCGUUGUUCAAGACAUUGACAAUUGGAUAAAAGAGAAUCCAUCCCCUUAUUGUCAAUGUUGAAUUGAACCAUUGUCAAGGAUGUUAAUAAACCAAAACAAGGCCCUGAACCUGAAAACAAGAGGCUCUCAAGAUCAGGAAAUUAUAUCGAGAGGUUGACAGUUUAGCGGCAUAGCGGCAUACGGCGGGGAGUAGCAAUAAUAGGAGGCACGGUCACGGUCAUGGUCACGGUGAGUUUAUAAGCAUUGGGGUGAGCUAAAAGCUGCAAGUCCUUAGAUUUCAAAAGAAUGUGACAAUUCGAGGAUUCAGACAUUUUUCUUUACAGCGACACAGAUCCAAUCAUUGAUAAAUUUGUCGAUGACAUUAGAUGGUGCCUUGAAACGAAUUAUGAACUUAUCCGCAUUAGGUGCUUGAUGUGAUGUGAUGGCCUCGGUUGCUUUCAUCAGGUCAUCUUCUCGGGACGACAUCGUUUUUGUCAAGAUCGAACACAAAAUCCAAGGAUGCAAAACGCCAUAAAUUUCUUCAUCUAUGGGAAAGGACACUGCUCCGACAUGCUUCCGCAAUAGGGAGAAAUAACAGAAUGAUCACAAUCAACUUUUCUGGCAAACUCUCGAUGGUGGGGAUCUCUCCCUUGCUACAUUUCUUGGACAUGAUGAAAAUUUUCCGGUGCCCGUCGCAGCCGUGGACAGUUGAUUAUGAACCUUCUUCUUAUUAAUCACGGGGCGUGGGUGCGCGGUGAGAUUCCCUUAAUAAACUUAGAUUAAUUAGGUUAAGGAUGAAAUGAAAGAUUGAACGGCAUGGCAUUAUGGCAAGUAUGAAAGAUUUUAGGUGAAUUGGUAAGAAUUAUCUUCAGAUUUAU